CACAACAAUGUUGAAAUUGAUUGCAGCAGAGUAAAAAAAAUGAGCGGCACUGAUGACAAGGAGGUGGCGGAGCAGCGCGCCGUCAACGUCGUGUCCACUGCAGUGUCUGUAGUAGCUGCGGUAUUUCUAGGCGGAGGCUUCUACUAUGGCAUGACCAAGCAGAAGAAAGCGCUGGAGGAGGAGGAAAAGAGUCUGGGCAAGCCGUCAGCUAGCAAGAAGAAGUUUGAGCCCAAGAACGCCACACUAUUCGAGCGGAAACUGGCUCUGGACAAGCCUCUGGCACCCGGUACAGCAGCGUGGAAGGCGUUGCUAGGCGUGACGCUCGUCUCGAUCACUGGCUGCUGCCUGCUGGUGGGCGGAGCUGCUGCCACUCUCGGAGUAACCAAUAUGAGGGAGCUUCGCCAGCGACUACAGAAAACGCCCAAGAAUGUCGAGACCAAGCAGAUUGACUUUGAGGGACUUGGAGAGGUGAAGAAGGAGAUCCUGGACGUCAUUGCCGACGAGGUGAAGCAGGAUGAAGUGGAGGCAGCAAGAAAAUAGACACACGGCGAUCCCUCAACCAUACCUGUUAGGCUGCUGUGUCUCCUAAAGUCUUCCCCAUCAUACUCAACCCUGAAUCGCUUCGAGAUAUGUCAAAGCAGUGGUCGUACUGAACAAUCCCGGAAUCGAGCGGGGCUUUGACGUUUUGCCUUCUCUUCUCGAUGGUGAGUGAACCGCUGGAUAAGUUCACCCUUGCGCUCAAUAAUCUUGUCUUGAGCAUGUGCUCGCCUCCUGCAAACAACAACCAGUUGUGUCAGAGCAGAGCUAAACUCACCAAACAAAACAAAAGAACCAACCGGAGUCGCUGUAAGUUAGCUGAAAUGUAUGCCGUCACAUCCCCUACGAAGGUUUGGACGAAUGUACAGAGCUGUACAAUCUGCUCAGAGGUCAUUCCAAUCGACAGAUCUUUAAGGGCAGCUUCGGCUUGUGCACGGUGGUCAACAAUCGCUUGUUCUCGAUCAGUGAGAACCGCAUCCGACACGAUAUCACUAAGCUGUGAAGGUUCAGAUAGCACAGAGGUAGAGAUCGAUCCUUUUAACCCCGUUGCUGGAGCUUCCUGAAUAAAUGGCAGGAAUCCCGAGUUACCGGAGCCUGUUGCACUU